AAUGGCAGAGGCCAGUAUUUCAGUAGAUCAGGAUCAGUUCAGCUGUUCAGUCUGUCUGGAUCUACUGAAGAAUCCAGUAACUAUUCCCUGUGGACACAGUUACUGUAUGGUGUGUAUUAAUGGCUGCUGGGAUCAGGAGGAUCAGAGGGGGGUCUACAGCUGCCCCCAGUGCAGAGAGACGUUCACUCCGAGGCCUGUUCUACGCAGAAACAACAUGCUGGCUGAAGUGGUGGAGAAACUGAAGAAGACAGAAGUCCGAGCUGCUUCUCCUGCCCACUGUUACGCUGGAGCUGGAGAUGUGGAGUGUGAUUUCUGUACUGGGAGGAAACGUAAAGCUACGUUGUCCUGUCUGACGUGUCAGGCCUCUUACUGUAAGACUCAUCUACAACCUCACUAUGAAGUUCCUGCAUUAAAAAAGCACAAGAUGAUCAAAGCCUCCAAACAGCUGCAGGAGAAGAUCUGCUCUCAGCAUGAUAAACUGAUGGAGAUCUACUGUCGUACUGAUCAGAGCUGCAUCUGUUAUUUGUGUACGAUGGAUGAACACAAAGGUCAUGAUUCAGUUGCAGCUUCAGCUGAAAGAAUAAAAAAACAGCCACAACUAAAGAACAUGCUGACAGAUUUCCAGCAGAGAAUCCAGAGGAAAGAGAAGAAGCUGCAGGAGGUGAAACAGGCUGUGGAAAGUCUUAAACUCUCUGCACAGUCAGCAGUGGAGGACAGUGAGAGGAUCUUUACUGAGCUGAUCCGCUCCAUUGAGAAAAAGCGCUCUGAGGUAACAGAGCUGAUCAGAGAUCAGGAGAAGACUGAACUGAGUGCAGCUGAAGAACUCCUGGAGCAGCUGGAGCAGGAGAUCACUGAUCUAAAGAGGAGAAACACUGAGCUGGAGCAGCUUCCACACACAGAGGAUCACAUCCACUUCCUCCAGAGAUUCCAGUCUGUUAGUGUCUCUUCUGAAGAUGAAGAUUCACCCAGCAUCACUGUCCAUCAUCAUCAUCAUCAUCAUCUCUCAUUUAAUGGAGUGAGGAAAUCUCUCUCUGAUCUGAAAGAGCGACUGGAGGAAUUCUGCAGGAAGGAAAUCAGUGAAAUCUCUGAUCAGGUUUCAGAUCUUUGGAUGAUUUUACCAUCAGAGCCAAAGAGCAGAGAAGACUUUAUGCAGUAUUUCCGUCACCUGACUCUGGAUCCCAACACCGUAAAUCAGUUCCUCAGUCUGUCUGAGAACAACAGAUUGGUGCAGAACAGUAGAAAAGUGCAGCCGUACUCUGAUCAUGCAGAGAGAUUUGACUACUGGAAGCAGGUGUUGAGUAAGGAGAGUGUGAGUGGACGCUGUUACUGGGAGGUUCAAUGGAGCAGUAAGGGACAUGAGGUCUCCAUAUCAGUCUCAUAUAAAGGAAUCACCCGAAAAGGACGGAAUAAAGAGUGUUUGUUUGGACACAAUGAUCAGUCCUGGAGUCUGCAGUGUUCUCCCUCUCUCUCUUUCUGUCACAACAACACUGAGACUAAGAUCUCAGCUCCUCCAUCCUCCAGAAUAGGAGUGUAUGUGGACCACAGUGCAGGAACUCUGUCCUUCUACAGCGUCUCUGAUACAAUGACCCUCCUACACACAGUCCACACCACAUUCACUCAGCCCCUCUACGCUGGAUUUGGAGUGGAUUCAGGAUCAUCUGUGAAGUUAAGUGAUGAAGAUGAUGUUGGUUUAUCUGGACGUUAAGAAGCAUUAGUGUUUCCUCGUUCAUAAACACGGACUAUUGGUCUAGUUUACUGUUUGUGUGCAUUACUGUACUUUUCUCUCAUUUGAAUUAAUUAUAGUGUUUUAAAUCAUUAGUGUCUCAUAACCCAUAAACCAACCAACUAACUAACAGGAAUUUACAGGAUGUUGAACUGUAAAGAGGAGGGGAUUCAGGCAUUUUUCUCCAGUUUUAAAUAAAAAAUGGACAAAGGUUUCCAACAUGUCAUGUUAACAUGUGACUCUCAUGAUGACUGUAUGAUGAUUUCUGCCUUCAAAACGCAAAAUCUGAACUUUUAACAAGCUUAAAUCAUAUGUUAAACACACCCACACACACCAGCAGACUCCUACUGAUCUGUUCUCUCUGUAAUACACUGAAAUCUGAUCAUUAAUAUUACAUGUUGUGAUGACUCCCCCUUCUGACCACAGUAGGAGGUGCACAUGGACAGUUCAGCACACUGUGCUUCAAUAGGCUUUCGCUAAGCUCCGCCCCCCUGAAUCAGAGCUGAUCAACAACACUUUCCUCAGUACCUGUUAGAGCUGAUUUUAAGACUCUGAUGUUGUUCUGUUCAUUGUAAAGACUCUGUGUCUUCAUGUGAGUUCUGAACAUUGUUCUGUAUUGUUUCUUGUGUUUGAAUUUUGACUGUGUGUAUUGAUUUUUCUUAAUGCUAUGGGAGAUACAAGCUUUCUUCAGUACCAUUCAGAAAACCUAUCAUAUGAUCUGUAGCUACUCAUUAAUUAACAAUAAUGAACUGAUUUAAAACUUUAGGUUUAAAUUCUCUGUGUUGAAGUAAGAAGGUGUUUAUUCAGCCUCUUUUUGAAGACAUGAACACUGCUUGAUGUGAUGUUACUGAUGAUAGCAGGAGAAACACAGGUAAUCCCAUCAGUUAACUAAAGGUAGCAGUGAUUUCAGAUCAGCAGGAUAAUUUAAACUCAUCCUCACCAAUGAUCUUUAAUGCUUUGUUCUGGAGGAUAUCUAACUGUUUAAGUGUAGAUUAUAAGGGAUUCAUCCAAGCAAUAAAAGGGUUCUGUAGAUGUUGUUUCUGUCUCUAUGAUUAAGCUGAUUUUCCAGUUUCCCUAAAACUCCAAGAUGAUGUUUAGCACAUUUACUGAUGCUGGACAAAUUACUGAUUCACGAUUCUCAUGAUAAUAAUUAUUAAACAAUCCCUAAUGAAUCAUCUCUGUACUCACCUGCUUCUACCCUAUUUAUUAUCAAUAUAUUAAUGUAGAUAUUAAUAGUCUAGUCUUUAUGAAACACAGGACAUGAUCAUCUAUAUUUUAUAACAAUGCAUAAUGUUACCAUUAAAACUGCUGGUAGAAUGAUGUUAGUUACUCUAUACUUCCAAACUUCCUGCAAUCUCCUCCCAUCUACUGUAUGUUUAAAUACUAAACUUACUGUAAAAAUACAUAUUUUUGUUGUUAUAUAUUUGUAAUAUUGUAUUAAUCAAAUAUGAAAAACACAUCUGAGUUCAUUUAAAAACAAGAGUGAACCUGUUUUCUGAACAUGUAUCUGGAUCAUAGCUGAAAGCAGACUGAACAGAAAGCUGUCUGGAGUUAACAGUGU